GAAUGGAAAUUACCCACGUAGACGAUUCAUCUUGAUGCAGAGAACAAAGAGAUGAUUGAUGCCACAGUAAAAAUAUCUCUAUUUAUGGUCUUUGACGUAGUACAAAAUUGACGGCUGAAGGUAUUGGAUCGGUUUUCAGUGAGCAGCCUGAACGAUGGGCGAGGAAAACACAACGUCUUCUUGUCAGGAUGAGGAGAAACACUCGCAUAUCUUAAUGAUUACCGUUGUCAUGUUUGGAUCUAUAAUCGGGAACAGUAUAAUUUGCCUGUUACUCGUGCGGUUUAAGACUCUGCGAACUGUGCCGAAUAUUCUGAUUGCGAACUUAGCUCUCAUAGACAUCCUCAACGCCCUGACCAAUAUGCCUCUUAUGAUCAUGUGGUACAUCUGCAAAGUGCCCUUCCUAAAGGGCCGCCCUAUCUCAUGGUUCGUCGUGACUUGGUACGUGCUUUUCAUGUACUUAACUGUGUUCAACCUCAUUGUAUUGACAAUGGAUCGCUAUGGAGCCAUCGUGCACGGCCUUCGCUACCAUUCAUGGAAGACGAUCAACAAAGCAAAAGUAGCAGUAUUGUUUGUAUGGCUCCUAGCAGCUGCCUAUACAUAUGGCAUGUUUAUGUUAGGGCUCGACACUGAUCUUGGUGACGCUCCAGUGCUGGAGUACAGGAUACACUAUUUGAAGAACUUUGGAAGACAUUUUAUAAUUCCCGGUUAUCUGGUUCCAUUCUCAAUCAUGCUCGUCAUGGGAGUUGCUAUAUGGCGCACCGUGAGCAGGCAAAGUAAACGUAUCUCGGAGUUUUGUUCCGUGCGAAAACAAGUUAAAAAUGAUGUGAAGACAGCCAAAACAAUCGGUUUGACUGUGAUGACAUUUUUCUUCAUGGGUGUGUUCCCUAUGCUGUUACACAACAUUGCAAAAAUGCACGGUACAUGGCCUCAUUUCCUUGCGUUUUUUCUCACACACCUCAACAGUAUGGUGAAUCCUGUCAUCUACUCACUUAAGACUCAAAGGUUUCGCAAGGCUUUCAUACUGUUCCUAAAGGACCCUUGGGGCAAGUCACAGCCCUUGAUCACUGCCAGUAGCCAGGCAGAUCUUCCCUGCACAGCAAAGAACUUUUAUCGCAGGACAGAAAAAUACAACUCCCACAAAAUAAUAUUUAAACCAUAAAGCGCUGACAUGCUUGAUAUAUUCAAAUCACUCGACUGUUGUUCAGGAGUAAAAAGAUACAGGUUUUAUAUUUGCUCGUUAAGUGCAAUAACAGCUUG